AUGUCUUCAAACCCCGUAAGCCCCGUAUUCGGUAUUAACUCCAUCGCCGAGGUCGACGCUCUCAUCGCAAGCGGCAAUGUGCCCUCGUCAGCUACCUCGAGGCUCGGCGCAUUCGAGCACCGGUUCCUCGAGCAGUCGGACGCGUACCGUCGCCUGCUGCACAUGAAGUUCCUCUACCGGGCGUCCUCCGACGUCGACGACCAGUACGUAGAGCGGCGCAAUAUCCACCUACAGGACGCGCAGAACCCCUCGCUACUGCACUUGUGGAACUAUGAGAAAGCGUUCAUGGAGAUCAACCGCAAUAGCGACAACUGCUUCGGCGGCGGGCGCGUGCACAACUUCCUCGACCUCGGAUGCUCCCCGGGCGGUUUUUCCAACUGGCUCAUGAAAUCCAACAGGAGGGCGCUAGGUGCGGGGAUCACGCUCCCCGAUGAGGAGGCACGGUUUACGAUGCCCCUCGAGCUGUCGACCUUCGGGCCCCGCUACCGAGUGGUGUUUGACAAUAUCAUUACCCUCGUCAUGAGAGCCGUCGUGGAAGACAGGAAUCCCAUCGUGCAGACCCGCGAUGACUCCGGCGACGGCGAUGAUCAUGCGCUCUCCUACGAUCUGAUCAUUGCCGGUGCCUUCCCGACGCUGGAGGAGCGGAAGAUACCGUGGUGGCUGCGCGCGCAGCUGGUGCUAGCGCAGGUGUUCAUCAUCAUGACCAACCUCGCGCCUGGGGGAUCUUGCGUCAUGACGAUAAACACGAAGGGAUUCGCAUGGCUGGUGGACGUGAUCGGCCUGCUCUACCAGUCCUUCGACUGCGUCACCGCGAGCAAGUCGGGGAAGCUCCACGCGCGCCGGAGCUCGUGCUACCUUGUCUGCAGAGGUUUCCAGGCGACGGAGGAGGAGCUACUGCUCUACACAGGCCGUUUGCGGAAGACGCUGAAGCAGCUGGACGAUAUGUCGAUCGCAUCUCGCGUGGAAGGGCAGGGCGUGGACACGAGGCUGGGUGUGGACUUUGGUCCAGUGAGGAUCGGGAACCCCGAGAGCCUCUCCCUGGUUUUUGGGGAGUCCGAAGCUCACUUCCUCGAGAUGGGGCUCGACAAGAUCAUUCUUGGUCUUUUCGAGCCCCUGUGGAUCAUCCAGUAUAAUGCGAUCCGCGCUGAUUUCAAGCAAAUCUUGAAGAAGGUGUAUGGAGCUCCGUCGGACGCCGAACAGAACAGUAGUACGUCGGAGGAUGCGGCCCAGCUGGGUAGUCCGUCUUCAUCUCCUCCUUCUCCCUCGAGAUGGCGCCCACGCCGCCCGUCGAUCCCUGUAUCGGCCUUCCCUUCUCAACCCACUAGUGCUUUUUUGGGCGGCAGCAGCAACAAAUCAGGAUCUCCGAGCACUCCGCUCAACGGGUCGUCCUCGCCUUACACGCCGCCGAACUCGCCAUAUGUGCCCAAGUGGCGCCCGCCUCAGCGUAGGAUGUCGACGGCGGGGAACCGCACAGACAAUCGGGAAUGGCGAAAGCCUGCAGAAGAAAGACUCGAUGCGGCUGCAGAGCCUCAAGAUAAUGUUAUUGCCCCCAAUCUAUUUGGUCGCAAGCGCGGCCACACCGUCAGCUCCAGCGUCGGCAGCGUCAACAGCGUCAACAGUGCCGCCGAUGCUAGUGUGUGGUGGAGAAAGUGA